AAAUCUUUGUAAAAAAAAAUAGUAAUAAUGUUACAUGUUUGAUCAUUCCCACCCAUGCUAAAAACAAAGUCUGAAGUCUGUACAUUUACAAUGGCGCUAAUCAAUGGAGUGUAAACUGGGUGCGUGUUAACCUGGAAUGAGUGUACCAGGAAUGAUUGUAUCUGGUUUGUGUGUAUGUGGAAUGAAUGUGCCAGGAAUGAGCAUACCAAGAAUAAGGGUACCAGGAGCGAGUGUACCAGCGGUGAGCGUACCAGAAGUGAGCGUACCAGGAGUGAGUGUACCAGCGGUGAGUGUACCAGGAAUGAGCAUUCUAGGAUUGAGCAUACCAGGAGGGAGCAUACCAGGAGUGAGUGUACCAGUAAGGAGUGUACCUGUAUCAGUUUCAGGUGUAUGUGUACCAAUGAUGACUGUACUAGUGAUGUGUGUACCAGAGAUGUACAUGAACAAGAGAGGUGCAUGUACCAGAGAUGUGCAUGUACUAGAGAUGUGCAUGUACUAGAGAUAUGCAUGUACUAGAAAUGUGCAUGUACCGUGGACGUGUGCACAAGGUAUGUUGUAUCACAGAUUUGUGAAGUGGUCUGUACCUGAGCUGUAUGUACCUGAGAGAUGUGUAUCAGGAAUUUUUGUUGAACUGGAGGUGUUUUUGCAAGGAUUAUGUGUGAAAAACUUUCGUAUCAGGGAAGUGUGUCAUGGGAUGUGUAUAAUUGGGACAGUGUGUACCAGGGAUUAGUUGGUUUUAUUUUUGGGAUGUGUAUCCCGGAUUAAAGUAACAGGGGUAUUUGUACAGAGUAUGUGUGUAUUGGCGGGGGAUUGGAAGCUGACACAUGUGCAUGCCAGGAUUGUAUGGAGUCAGAUAAUAAUAUGUUACAAUUCUGACUCCAAAAACUGUGGCAUGUGACAGGCUUGUUAUCAAUGAAAGAUGAAAAACAAUUUGAAUAUUUGUGUAUCAAAAUCUAUUUUUUCCCUUACUCAAUUUAUUGAAAUGUUUAUCUUUACAAUUUGACAAUUCAGAUGAAUGCUUGUGACCAAAAUAUGUUUUGGCUUGACAACCCCCUUUGCUCUGGGGUGAUAUCCACAACAAAAAAAAUGGAUUUUAAUUAUUUAAAACGAACACAGAGUGUUAUGAAAAUUUUAAUAUCUUAAUACAGUUAUAAGUAAAAUAAUUAUCUAUACUGUUACGCCAUAAAGAUACACUAUGGAUGGUUCCGGCAUUUGUAUGUAGUUUUUUUAAUUCUUAUUGUUUAAUAUUUAAUUUUUUUUUUUUUUAAAAUUACAGCUCCACUAUCGUAAAAGUCAUCCCUGUAAUUUCUCAUUAAUUCUGUUUUUAGAUAGGUUUCUCCAAAACAAAUAAUAAAUCAAGCAGGGGAUUUAACUUUCCCCUCAAAGUUGAUAAAAUAAUCCUCCUUCUUCCAAGUAGCCGCAGUAGAAAACAAAGAUUAGAAAAACUACUAUUCCAUGUCAUAAUAAUAAUUCGCUGAUGUUCAAUGAUUAUGUUUUUUUUUGCAGCAUUAUAUCUUUCGCAGCAGCUGACAUUUUAUUAAUGGCUUCGAAUAUCUAUAUUAGUUUAUUUCAAUUGUUUUACCGUGCAUCAUCCGUGCCACUAAAGAUUUGCCACUUUUUCCAUGAUGUGACUGACGUGUCCCUACAAAUGGCAGUUUAUGCAUUUUAUCUCUCGCUCUAUAUUUCUUGUGUGUGCGUUUCUUUUUCAAAUUCAUGUGUUGCUUGUUGCUGUUCAUUUACCACCUGCUGUGAUGGGCGCUUGCUUUUAUCAGAUUGUGUACAAUUAUCAAUGACCAACUCUACAUUUUAGAAGGAAAACAAACAAAAAAAAUGUUGCUGAUGAGAAUUAAAGCCC